CGGGUAGAGGCACCAUGGCCCACGGUGACCUGGACGAGGAGAGUCUGAAUGACCUCUACAGCUGGGUGGAUGGCAUCCCUCUCUCCCGCCCGAAGAGGAACAUCACCCGCGACUUCAGCGAUGGAGUUCUGGUGGCCGAAGUGGUGAAGUUCUAUUUUCCCAAAAUGGUGGAAAUGCACAAUUACGCUCCAGCUAAUUCCACACAACAGAAGCUCUCCAACUGGGGGCACCUGAACAGGAAAGUGUUGAGCAAAUUGAAUUUUUCCAUUCCCGAAGACAUCGUCCGGAAGAUUGCGCAAUGCACUCCUGGAGUGGUGGAAUUAGUACUGAUCCCGUUGAGACAGAAGAUUGAGGAGAAGCAGAAGCAAGCCAAGAUGUCCACCAACUCUUACCAGGACCUGGGCAUGCGCACCAUUGUGGAAGACAACAACUACAUGGAAACAGGCUACACUUCGAAGUCCAUGCCCGACAGCACCGGAGCUGACACCAAGGAGUCUCCUGGCUCAGAAAGGGUUCUCAAGGGCCAGCCAGGCUACCCGGUGCCUCUCCAAACGGAUACCAACCUGCGUCUGCACCUGGCCGAGCGGGAACAGGCCCUGCUGGCUUCCCAGGAGACCAUCCAGAUUCUGCAGAUGAAAAUCCGCCGACUGGAACACCUGCUGCACCUGAAGAACGUCCGGAUCGACGAUCUCUCCCGGCGCCUGCAGCAGGCGGAGCCCAAGCGGAAGUGAAGGCCCCCUCCCAGCUGUGGUUCUCCAGACCAUUUCCAUCCAUGCCAGGCUCCCCCCUGGUUCUUUGAACGCCCAACGCUUUUCUUUGCAGCCCUCCAGCCCGGCUGAGAUGUUGGAAGAAGACCCUCCGUGGAGUUCUUCUGGUUUCAAAGGGAAACCUUCGCCCAGCCAGCAGCCCCAGCUACUGUGCCCAGAGGAAAGAAGACCGGGUGACGUCCAGUCAGUCAGCCAUGUUCCCCAGGAGAGUCCAGGAGAAUCCAGGCCCUUCCAGUCCCCAUCUCCAGGCACCAUCGUGUCUGCCUCUUGGAGUUGCAGGAGAUCCCAGGAAAAGUCACCUUGCUUGUAUCGGUAGCCAACCAGGCAAGGGGGCUGCAAUUAUGGUUGAGAUAAGCUUUCUGGCAUCGAAGAAGAACAUUGGGAACAGUAAAAUCCUUAGCCAGGAUUUCCCCAGAUUUGGCUCUGUUGGGAGGCCAGAAGUUGGCUUGGAUUCUCAGCCUCUUCCUCCUCCUCCUCCUCCUCCUCCUCCUCCUCUUCCCUUUCUUCUGAAGUUCAGGCUCUUUGCAAACCACCCUACCUGUUGUUCUCCUUGCGGACUCUGGAAGAGAGAAGAAACCCUCUAGGAUGGCGGAGGAUGGAGUGAUGGGCAGCCGGGAGGACCGCAGAGUUUGGUCCUUUCCAAGAUGAAUUCUUGAGCUCCAUCUAAAGGAGGAAAAUCCAGAGUGGGGGUGGGGGAGAGGUAUUGUGUCCUCCCUAAGAAAUGCACCACCCAGCUAAUACAAGGAUUCAGGAAUCUCCUUCUCCAGUGGGUUGAGGUCCCCCUACCAUUCCAGGUUCCUUCUGACCUCUUCUCCCUUCCCCACCAUCAGGCACCCAAGCCGGUCCCAGAACUACCUCACCUUCCCCAGUUCCAGCCGAGGAAUGCCUCCUGGAGGCAUCUCCGGGGCUUUCCUUCCGAGGUGCUCCCAGGUGGGCUUCAAAGCUUUUGCGUGACUUCAGUUGCCUUUCUUGAAUCUUUGAUCUUGCAUGCACAAUCCCUAGCACCAACCCAACGGACCAGAACCCCCCCACCCAAUCCCCGUUCUGGCUUCCUGCGGGCGAGGGGGUGUCUUGUGAAGAGACAGACUGAGGUGCGCUGUGUGGCCAUGAGAUGAAUGAAGGCAUGUCCCAGAGAAGAUCCCCCCCCUCCCACAAGUCCCCCCUGUAGAGCUCAGGAGCAAAAUAUGGUGUGAGAGUGACUGCCCGUUUGAGCCUGGUUUUUGAGCCUAAGUGUGCUUUUUCACGCACCCAAAUUCACACAGUGGCUCUUUUGAAAAGUGUGGACUCACCUUUCCUUUGUCUCCCCUUCUCCCUGAAUCUCCAAGAUACGAGGUGGUCGCUUCCAUCUCCACCUUGAAACCUAGAAGAGAAUUUGUGUGUGUGCGCGGUGCGGUAGAGGGCUAGAGCGGGGUCCAACAUCUGGACCAGUGAUUCCCAAACUGUGAGCCGCGGCUCCCCAGGGAGCCGCGCUAUCGUCAUGGGGGCGCCGCGGAAUAUCUGCGCCCGCUGGGUCCGGCGCUGAUGCGCCAUUUCUGGGGCGUCUGGUGCGCAUGCGCAGUUGCAGGUCGGAUUUCCGGGGAGCCGCGGGCGCGUCUGGUGCGCAUGCGCAGUUGCAGGUCGGAUUUCCGGGGGAGCCGCGGGCGAAAAAGAUUGGGAACCUCUGAUCUGGACCAUUAAAAGUGCCUUUGAACGCUGUGUACCCAGCGAGAAGGCUUGGACCCGGGCUCCGUUGGUCAUUUGGAACGGUUUAGGACGAAGGUCUGGGAAGACGAGGCUAGCCUUGCUUUGAUCUUGGCCAUCCCGGGUCCUUCUCCCGAUGAUGUUCUCCUCCUCCUUCCCAAAGGCCCCCGCUGAGAAGCCCAUCAACGCAACUGAGAAGCACCUACAGCAGGAAGGGACCUCCUCACGUCAUCUUGUCAUCCUUUGCACUUUCCAGAGCAGGGGUCUCCAACCUUGGCAACUUUAAGCCUGGCGGACUUCAACUCCCAGGAAGCCCCAGCCAGCAAAGCUUCCUCCAGGCUUAAAGUUGCCAAGGUUGGAGACCCCUGUUCCAAAGGACAACCUUGCUGAGGUGCCAGCACGAGGUGUGAACAUUCCCACAACCGUGGUCGGAGCUGCUGCUGCACAGGAAGAGAAGGGGGACGGGGGAGGGAGUCCUUGGAAGAGAGGAGAUAAUAGCCCACCUUCCCCAAUCUUACUUCGUCCUGGGGGGAGCUGAGAAUGAAGUCAUUCACUUUGGGGUCUUCACAAAGAUGAAAGGAGGAAGGGUCAACAUAUAUUGGAGCUCUUGAGUCAUUCCCUCAAAGCAGGGUUAGCAAAGAUGUAACCAAGGUGUCCUACGACGUAGCCACAUGAAGACUUCCAAUGGUGGUGCUUUAGUGCCUUCUGUACACAUUUGCUUCCACCGGGAUCUCCCGUGGAUCCCUUUGGCUUCGUUCUCUCCAUUGCUCCCACGUGGCCCUGCUUAAAGUACCCCCAGGUGCCUUCAACUGAGCUCAGGAGGGUCUCUUGGCCCUGUGUCGGUUUUAGGGGUUACCAUAAAAACUCUCAGGGUUUGGUUGUCACCAUUUGGCCUUCGUAAUUCAGGGUCCGGCCAAGCUUUGGAUGCCUGCUGGGGUCGCUGCCUCUCUUCCGAUGAUCUUUUCCUGCGAUGGGACGGACUGAGGGGGGGUCUCAAGGGUCGGUCUCUGUGAAAUGCCCGGAUGCUACAAAUUCCUGCCAGAAGAAAGAAUCGAGGCGAUCUCUUGAGAAAGGGACUGGCUUAUGCUUCUAAAUGCUCAUUUAUCCUGGCUAAGCCACUCCGGGGAGAUUUCUUGGGGGGGUGGGGGCUGUCUUGAGCUUGGGCAGGUGUGCCAGAAAACAAAACAAAACAAAAUAAGGUAAAUAAACAAACAAAAAGCCAGAGGGUGUAAUAACCUGAGCUGGACGGCAGAGGGCGGCUUUAGCUGAGUUUACCGAUUGCAAAACCUCUUGGCAAUGCAGUUAUGGGGCCAAUUAGCGGCUUUUGUGGGGGGCCAGCCACUAUUUUUCGGCACGAUCACACGGCUUCCUGCUCUAAAGGUAGUUUCUGUCUGC